CUUGCAUCGUGACAAUCAGUCUUGACCCGUGGAGCAGUACUUUCUAGGAAAUGGGGUUAAGCUCUUGAGCAAACCUAUGAGUUCUUCUUCAACUGCAAGGUUCCUUAACCACUAAUUCCGAGUUAAUCAAAAAAUCUUCAAACUUAUUAACAAGGGAAAAAGAAAUGUACACUUCAUCUCAUGGCAAUGCAAAGUAUGCACCAGCAGGGUAUCCAGCAACCGCCAUGAAAGCACAACCUUCGCACGUCUCACCUUUCCAUGGAACAGCAAGCGCUACGGGGUGGUCUACUGGCCUUUGCCAUUGUUGUGAUGACCCUGCCAAUUGUUUGAUUACUUGUUUAUGUCCAUGUGUUACCUUUGGACAAAUUGCUGAGAUAGUGAACAAAGGGUCCAUCUCUUGUGCAGCAAGUGGUGCAGUUUAUGGACUGCUGGCUCUUGCAGGCUUAUCCUGCUUGUACUCGUGUGUUUACAGGUCAAGAUUGAGAGGGCAAUAUGACUUGGAAGAGGCUCCUUGUGCAGAUUGCUUGGUUCAUUUCUGCUGUGAGACUUGCUCACUUUGUCAAGAAUACAGAGAGCUCAAGAACCGUGGCUUUGAUAUGGGAAUUGGUUGGCAAGCAAAUAUGGAUCGACAAGGCAGAGGAAUUACAGUUGCUCCUGUUGUUGGACGUAUGGCCAGAUGAUCGAACCCAAAGUACUCCACCAACAUGUUCAAUCUCUCUUCUAUUUUAUGCACCAUCUGGAUUCUGUAGUAUUUAGUUAAUGCAUUUUGA